AUGGGCAAAGUUCUGGUGGAGAAACUGCUCCGGUCCUGCCCACAUCUCAGCAGCAUCUACCUGCUGGUCCGAAGCAAGAAAGGCAAGGACGUGGGAGUCAGGAUGCAGGAAAUUUUCGAGGACCCGCUUUUCAGAAAGUUGAGGGAAGUACAGCCUGGCUUUCGAGAGAAGAUCCUUAUUCUGGAAGGCGACUGCUCAAAACCGGGUCUGGAUUUGAGUCCUUGCGAUAGACAGCGCAUCGUGGAUAAUGUGCACAUUGUGUUCCACAUGGCAGCCGCUGUUCGAUUCGACGAGAAGCUGCAAAUCGCCACAGCCAUUAACGUGGUUGGCACUCGAGAGUUGCUACUGCUAUGUCAGGACUGUCCGAACAUCAAGGUGGUGGUUCAUGUAUCCACCGUGUUCAGUCACUGCAACCGCCCAUCCAUCGACGAAGAAUUCUACGACCCGCCAACCACUGUCGAGAGGAUUGUUCAGUUAGUCGAAAUUCUCGACGAUAAUAAUUUGGCCACCAUUACUCCUAAGCUUUUGGGUGCCUGGCCGAACACGUACACUUACACCAAAGCAAUAGCUGAAGAUAUAGUGAGAACUGUCGGCAAGGAUCUUUCUGUCGGAGUGUUCAGACCAUCCAUCGUCUACUGUACGAGAAGGGAGACUUUGCCAGGGUGGACUGACAACCUAUAUGGACCGACAGGAAUAGUAGUGGGCGUGGUUCUUGGGUGGAUUCGCACCAUAUACUCCAACGGAAAACUUGUUGGGGACAUAGUGCCCUGUGACAUGGCAGUUAAUGCUCUCGUGACUUCUGCCUGGCAUAUUCAUGAGCAGCGAAGGUCUGGCACUGGAGCUAUUCCUGUAUACAACUACGUGUCGUCUUGUGAGAAUCCAAUUACCUGGGGCGACUUUAUUAACAAGAACAUUAAGCACAGCUGGCAGGUACCAUUUGAUAAUGCAGUGUGGAUGGUUAAUCUCACCUUGAUACAUGUGCACGUCUUGUACAAAUUGUAUGCAUUGCUGAUUCACCUUCUUCCAGCACUAGUGGGAGACACUGCAUUGCUUGCCAUUGGACAAAAGCCCAGGUUGAUGAGGACUUACAAGAAAGUACACCAGCUAUUAGAUACCACUUCAUAUUUCCGCAAUCGACAGUGGGCGUUUUCUAACCAGAACAUGAUUCAUAUGUGGAACAAGCUCAGUGAAGACGACCGAAAGAUUUUUGACUUCAACAUCAGUAACCUGAAUUGGGAUCUGUACUUGAGGCAGGGUCUCAUGGGACUCCGCACAUUUGUGCUCAAGGAUGACCCAAAGAAACUCCCACAAGCUAUUAGGAAGAGAUACAGGUAGACUUCCCUGCUUACGUGGUGAAAGUGAUA